GGCACAAAGCCCGGCUGAGCCCCAACGCCGCGGGUCGCUCCCGCGCACUCCCCAGCCGCCAUCCCCGCCGCCUCUCGGGGCGGGUCCAGGCCGGCGGUGCUGCUGACCCCGGCCCGCCCCGCGUCGCACCCAGCCCAGCCCCGCACCUGCCUCCCGGCGCCGCCCCGCUCCCCGCCCCGCGCGGAGCCUCCGCCGAGUUCGGCCGAGCCGCCUGGGGAGCUGCUGCCGGAGCCGGCCCCCGCCAUGGGCACCGUGCGCGGGCGGAUGCGCUGCAUCAAGAUCCUGCUGUUCAUCUUCAACCUGACCUUCUGGCUGGCAGGAUUGGCUGUCAUUGCCUUUGGUCUAUGGCUGAGGUUUGGUGGAGUUAUGGCAGACUUUGCUUCAGAUAAAAGGUCUCCAGAGUAUUUCUUCAUGGGACUCUAUGUCUUGGUGGGAGCAGGGGCUCUCAUGAGCACAGUUGGAUUUUUUGGGUGCUGUGGAGCAGCGCGGGAGUCUCAGUGCUUACUUGGAGCAUUCUUUGCUUGCCUGUUGGUGAUAUUUGCAGCUGAGGUCACUGCUGGAGUAUUUGCCUUUAUAGGCAAAAAAGUGGCAAUACAGGAAGCCCAGAAAAUCUAUGAAGACAUUUAUGAUGACUAUAUGAAAAACCCAGGCGGGAAGGUCAACAGAACCAUCUAUCACUUACACGUGGCUCUCCACUGCUGUGGUAAAGAUAACAUGGAACAACAAAUGGGAUUACCCUGCCCAGAGAAUAUCCAGUUGCCAAAGAACUGCCUGGUUGAAAUCCAGAAUGUAAUUGAUGCUAAUCUGCAUUUACUUGGAAUUGUUGGAAUUGCAAUUGCUGGCAUCACAAUCUUUGGCAUGAUAUUCAGCAUGGUUCUGUGCUGUGUGAUCCGUAACACAAGAGACAUGAUCUAAAACUUUCACUGCACAACUAUGUUCCAGGAGUUCCAGACUAAGCUUUACAAGAAGUGCUCUUCUACCCAGUUUUAAUAAUUGUAAUGCAUUUAAUUAGUGUUUUAACAUACUGAGAGGAAAAUAUCCCAUUAGAUGAGCAGGUGAAUUGUAUUAGUUGCAGUAAAAACUGACAUGAAGGGGGAAAAAAAGGUUAAAAACUUCCUUUUUAAUGAGAAGAAACCAAGGUGCAUGUAAGACUAAUUUGAUUUUUAAUGUCUGUAUGUGUGCAAUUAAGAGUUUACAUUGUGUGUGCACAUGCAUAUCUCUGCUUACAAAUGUAUGUGCACAUGACCAGGUACCUGUACAUACAGUACCUUGUUUAGGUGAGUGUGUGUUGUGUGUGCACAUUUGCGUGCUCAGCUCUUCCAGAGUCUCACUAUGCAAGAAUGUACACACACCCAGAGGUAUAGAGUGCUUGAAACCCUUUUAUACUGAGCCCCUGUUUGCCAAGAAUUAUCAGAGGAACAAAUGCCAUUGUAAAAAAUUAAGAUCUAUAAUCCAUUUUGUAACUGUUCUUUCCAAAGCCCAAACAGAGUAGAAUUAAUAAAACUGGACUUUAUUUUAAAACAUUAAUCAAUGCCCAAGGGCCUGCUCCAGCCAACUUUAAUUCAUGUGAGUAGACCUAUUGACUUCACUGUCACACAGAGAUUGGAUUUGGGGGUUUUUAGGACUGGACCCUUCAUGCACAUGCAGAAAGUUCUGGGGGAGAAAGCUAAAGAAAGAGGGGGAAAGAGGUGGGAAGCUGGCAAGAUAACGUGGUCAUUUGGGAGCAAUUGCAGUGUGAAGUGUGCUUAAGCUUGCCAAGCUAGCCUGAGACACACUCCAAAAAAAGACUU